ACGCUGCGUUUGGAUAUUUUUAAGAGACGUCGUCGUCUACAAUUGGAGAGUGAGAAGGCGAACCCACCCACCAAUGCCAAUGGCAAUCCCAUCAAACCCCCAACGUCCACUUGCACUUCUUGUUGUUGAAUAUCCCAAAAAUUUCAGGCUAGGCGUUCCCUAUCGGAGUCCAUGCUGAUUUGUCCAAUUUCAGUGAGUUUUCUUCAUAAUCUCAUCGUCCCCCAUAUCUCUCUCUCUCUGUCUCUUUCUCGCUGGAUUUGUCGGUGUUUAUAUUCGAAUAUGCAUCCCUCCCGGGCUCUCUAGUGGUUCAUGUGUGUAUGAGAUGGGAAACUAGUUGGUGCAUUUUUCUUCUCCAAUUGAACUUUGAGAAGCUGCUUGGAACCGAUUUCUUCCUUUACUACUGAUAAUCUUGAAGUGAGAUGGAUGAUGGGCGGCAACACGAAAAUGGGCGACACAAACUGGAUUAUUACAGAGGAUCACACUCUCCGUGGAAUAUGGUUCCCCAGCAUCAAGUAAAGGAACCAAAUGCCUUAGUCAUGAAUAAGAAGAUUAUGUCCAUUAUUGCUGAGAGGGAUUCUGCUAUUCGUGAAAGGAAUGCAGCGCUAUCAGAAAAGAACGAAGCCUUGGCUGCACGGGAUGAGGCACUUCGUCAACGAGAUGAGGCCUUUGCGCAGCGGGAUAGUGCUCUAAUGGAACGAGACAAUGCCCUUGCAGCCCUUCAGGUCCGGGAUAAUGCCAUGAACUUCCCGUUGAGUGGUGGAAUACAGCGAGGAUCAAAGCGCAUGCACCACCACUCAAACCAUUUAGUUACCAUGGCCGAAGCUCCUUACAGCACCAAGGAAGAACAAAUAACUGAUGCCUUCCCAAUAACCGUUAUUGCUUCUGAAGCUGUCAAAUCGCAUCAGGUCAAGCGAACAAAGGAGAACAAGGCCAUUUCAUCAAAGCCGUCAAAGCCACCAAGAAAAGGGAAGAAAGUAGGUGAGGAUUUGAAUAGGCAGGCUGCUUCUGAUGGUACAAAGUAUAGAUCUGAGUGGGAUAGUCAGGAUGUGGGAUUGAACCUAGUUACUUUCGACGAGUCUAGCAUGCCAGUGCCUGUUUGCUCAUGCACUGGAGUACCCCGACAAUGCUACAAAUGGGGGAAUGGUGGAUGGCAGUCAUCUUGUUGCACCACCAGGCUGUCUAUGUAUCCCCUGCCUCAGAUGCCAAAUAAGCGCCACGCACGAGUAGGUGGCCGAAAAAUGAGUGGAAGUGUCUUUACAAGAUUGCUCAGUCGGCUGGCAGCAGAAGGCCAUGAUCUAUCACUACCACUGGAUCUCAAGGACUACUGGGCGAGACACGGAACAAAUCGCUACAUCACCAUCAAAUAGCUCAUGAAAUAUCGAUCUUUGGGAUGGAGUACGUUUUUCUUUCUGAGCCUCUCUAUAAUGUAUUAAAUUUGACCGACUUCUUGGUUAGGAGGUGGAGCAUUGAUAGAAGGUGUUUCAAUGAUCCUUGUUGACGUCAUGUAAUUAGACUCAAAUUCCAUCCUGAUAGAGAUGGAUUUUUCCUGAGGGCCAGUGUUUGUACUCAUCCUACUGUAGGUGGGCAGACUCGUAGGCUCUGCUUGUUUUGCAGCCUCACCACCAAUAUUCCACCUAGCAAUCUUCAGUCCAA